ACAUUUUGAUAACUGCAAAAUAACAAAGGGAUUAUAAUAUCAGAAGUAGUUUUUUUUAUUAGAAUUAGUUCGAACUGAGAUGAAGGCCUUAAAAUUCGUUUUACAAAAUGCAUGCAAUUUAAGUUCAUUAAUACUCCUUAUUGAGGGUGUGAAUGGGGUUAACCGACUAGCGAAAAAGGGCAAAAAAUAUUACUGACUACCGACAAAAUGAGUAAAAAAUUACCGUCUACCGACAGGGAAAAUAUUAACCGACUACCGACAUGGGCUGAUAUUAUCAAUAUUUGUUUUCAGAAAAAAGAGCAUUUUCCAUUUUUUUUUCUAGCCGUUAGGAAGUAAUCUCUUUAAAUUUAUGACUCAUCAGAUGGCCUAAGGGAAAGAAUUCCCUUUUUUUUUUUUGAUAAUACCGGUACAUACCUUAAAGAUGCUAACGACUUUAUAAAUUUUAUUGAAAAGUCAAAGGCGAAAAAACCGAACGUUUCUUGUUUCGGUCCGAGAAAUGCUUAGAUUAAUCCUCAAAGAAAAUUUUUUUCCUGUUUAAGGGAAAGCACUAUCAUUACAAACCCACGGUACCGCGAUGAGCACAAAGACAGCAGUUUCCUUUCCAACUUUUUCAUGGCAUAUAUUGAAACACAAAGUUUAAGCAAAACCGUCUUUAAACCAACUGUUUGAAAACGCUACGUAGAUGACAUUUUUUCCCUAAGGCAUGAUAUAAGUAAGCCAGACAUCGUAGCUUUCUUCGCGGAACAAGUAAACUUACAUCACCCUACUAUGAAAUUCACGGCCGAAAUAUCUGAAAAUAUAACAAUACAAUACAAUACAAUACAAUAAGAGUUUAUUGUGAAAAUACACUUAGCUACAAUAAUGGUGUGCUUACUCAGACGGGACCGAAAUCGGGGUCUGUGAAAGCACGCCAGCUAAUUUACAGGUAUUCCACAAACACAAUAAAAUUAAGAGUUAAAAAACUAGAUAUGGAAUAUUCUAUAAUUAAAAUUAUAACAAUAAAAUCUUAAUAAUACAUACAUACAUACAUACAUACAUACACUUUAUUGAUGCUCCCUAAGUGGGCUUUUCAGCUCAAUAGAAUAAAAAAAAAAUACAAAUAUAUAAAUUAAUUGAGAAUGUAAAUACAAUAAUAUUAUAAUUACAAAAUAUAUAUCAAUAAUAUAAUAUAAUAUAUCAACUUAAUAAAACAUUUGCAAGAUGACGUCUAAAAUUCCUGGGGCAUUUUAAGGACUUAAUGUUAUCAUUCAAGGAGUUCCAGAGUUUGGCUUCUCUGAAAGCAAAGGAGCGCUGCCCUGUUGACAGGCGACAUAAAGGUAUAUCCAAAGCACCAGAUGAUCGAGUUUGUCUAUUAUGGACAUGAGAACGUGAUUUAAACAUAUCAGCAAGAUAGUCUGGAACAAGCUUGUUAAUACAUUUGUGCAUCAUAGUAGCGUCAUUUAGAAUGAGUUUCUCUCUAAUAGGAAGCCAUUUCAACGAUCGCAACCCAUCCGAAAUAUGGUCAUACUUUCUUAGUCCCAGAAUAAUUCGCCCAGCAAAGUUUUGGACUUUUUGUAACUUGUCAAUAUUGCUGCUGCUGGUAUUACUCCAGAUAAGUAUAUCUUAUAUCUAAAUAAAUACUAAAUUCAAUAAAAAAUGAGACAUUCUUUUUAGAAACGGUUGUAUACCAAGGCAGAACAUUCAGCGACAAAUGAGAAAAAGCUAUCCAAUACAUUUUCACCUCUUAUCAUCCACCAGUUGUUAAAGCGCCUGUUUGACAAAUGAGAAGCCUUGAAAAUCCUACGAACAAAGUCUGAGGAAGUAUUUCAGAUUUCAAAAGCGCUUGAUGGACAGAGGCUAGCCACACAAUUUUGAAAGAAAAAUUGCUAUUAGAAGUAAAACUCACAGAAAGGAAGGCAGCUCUCCUGAAGCAAAACAACAAGGAAGAAGAAGAAAUAUUGCCUUUCGUGGCCCAAUAUAGCCCUUAGUGUCUAUUAUAAAAGAAGCUUUAAUGAAAAAGUGGAAUCUCAUACAAAACCAACCACUACCUUGCCAAAAUUUAAAAGAACCACAUAAAGUGCUAUUUCUUUGAGAAAGGAAAAUUACGGCAAAGGACAUACUUGUUAGAGCCAAAACAUAAGAGGGAUAGAUGUGUAGCCUGUCACCCCUUGCAGUUUUUCACUGAAAGUAAUUUAAGUAUCCAAAAGGCUAGAGUCCAUUAAUUAAUUAAUUAAUUAAUUAAUUAAUUAAUUACUUUUUACUGUGCCCUGUAGUCGACAGGAAAACCAAGUUCGCAUUUACAAUAAAAGCUUUGGUGAUUUUAUCAGUACUAUAUUCAUUUGGCAAACAAUGGAAAUAAACGAUCAUGUUGCAUAAACAAACAAGAGUUAAUGAACGGUUUAGGUGCAAUCAAAUGAGGCAUUCUUACAAGUUUUGCUAUUUCCUUAGGGAUCAAAGUCUUGAAAAGUGGGUGAAAUACAUAAAAAAUAUUAAUAAUUAACAAGCGUUUUUACUUAUUAACUGAGAUUUUCCGAAAACCGACAAAAAUCGAAAAGUUUUACCGACUACCGACAAAGAUUGAAAAUUUUAACCGACUACCGAUAAAAUUACUGAAUUUUAACCGACAACCGACAAGUGGACCCCCCCCCCCCCAUUCAGACUCUCCUUAUUGGCUGGAUAAGACAGGCGUUAUAGCUGAGCCCGAGAACAGAUAAUCAUGGGUUAAAGGAAAAAUAGUAAUAUAUUAUAGUGUAAAAUCAACAACAUGAGAAGAUUAAGAAAAACAUUCAUUUUAUGAUUUUCCACUGACUGGAAUUAAUCAAGUCCGAAUUCUAAAAGGAAAACGCCGUUCAAAGAGUUUUUUGUAUGUAUGGAUAACGUGACUCGAGCGCUUCAAUAGGACAUUAUAACUGUGACAUAUAUUUAACAAUUAAUGAAUGAUUAUGUAUACCUAAUAGGUUUUACUGCAGUCACACCUUUAAAUCUUAUUUGUGUCAUUUCUCUGGUGAGUUCGUCAUUACAUUAGAACAUUCGGAACUUUUUCCGGUUUUCCGAUCGAUAUUAUAGUAGGAUUCUCAUCCUGACCUCCUUCAGAGCAUUUUAGUAUUGCAGACAUAACAGGCCGGUCCUCAAUAGAUUUUUUGGGAUUUACGAGAUUUACCUUAUUUGUAGGCCAGGAUUAGGGUUCACGUUUGAAGGGGAGAUUCUGCAUUAAAGGCAUGCACGAGAUCCGAGUGGAAUGUCGAAAAUAACUAUGAUCGGGAUUACGGGAUUGGGCAAAAAUUUGGGUCGGGAUCAGAUGAGGGGAUGUUCCAUGAUUGGAGACCCUGAUGUAACAACACAAAGAAUUAGAUUCCACCAAGUAUUGAAAUUGCUCAGGUAAAGAAAAUUCAAUUUCUGUAAAAAGUUUCGCACUUUGCUAAGGAAAUACUGAUUAGCGACAUGAACUCUAGACUUACUAGCAAGGCAAAAGGGAAAUUAUAUUUAGCGUGCGCACAAAUUCAAUUUCCAAGUGUACUUCGAUUAUUUUCAACUGUAUUAUUUCAACAAACAAGCUUAAAGACAUGUUAAUUGGGUUUUUUGGCUAAGGGUUAAGGCAGUUUCUCGGCGAUAAACCUCUGGUGUUGUUUAACUCUAACAAAAGAAUAUUCAACAUUGAUUAAAAUAUAGUUUUUAUAGAAUAAUCGAGUUUUGGGGAGUGACUGUUCUUUUUUACGUUCGGUUUAAUAUUGUGUGUUUUCAUAGUUUUAUCAUACCUUAUUGUGAAAGGUUAUUGUAUCGGCAUGGGCAUAAGCAAGGCCUCCUAAGUUUCAGCUACUUGACGUGUCUUUAAUUUUAUUACGCUAUCAAAUUACAGAGUCUUAAUGAACAUUGUUUGCAUACACCUGUUUUCUUUAAAGAUAUAUGCAAGUCUGGAUAUUUGAAAAGCCUGUUUCCUUUGAUAACAGCGCACGAACCCAAGUUCGAAAAAUUAUAAUUACGUCAUCGUGAGAAGCAGUGGAAGAAGUGGCCUUGCUACCGACUGAAACGAUUGUCUUCGCUUUUUCGUCUUUAAAAUGAUUAGUAAUAGGGUUCGUCCAAUCUUAAUCAAUUGUACAAUAGUUGCUUCAGGUCACACAUACCUUCGGCUGUUAAAAACUCCCUAGGAAACCCUCAGUCUUUAAUUCAGGGCUAAAUUCGAUUUGUAUUACUUGGAAUUAUCCUCGUGUACCGAGCACAAUGUAGAAAAAGAAACUAUUUGAAAAGAGCUGUCAUCGAAUUUCCCUUACGUGCGAAGAGUAGGUAGAAUUAUAAUAGUAAAACGUGAUACAAUUGGACGUUGCGAAAGAUGCAUAAUAUUCAUCAUUCGGGGAGUAUAAAAGUAAUUAAAAUGAAAAAAUAUUGACAUUUUGGUAACUACAAAAUAACAAAGGGAGUAUAAUAUUAGAAAUAGUUUUUUAUAGAAUUAGUUCGAACUGAAAUGAAGGCCUUAAAGUUCGUUUUACAAAAUGCAUGCAAUUUAUUUUCAUCAAUACUCCUUAUUGGCUGGACAAGACAGGCGUUAGUAGCCCGAGAACAGAUAAUCAUGGGUAAAGGAAAAAUAUUAACAUAUUAUAUAUUCUGUAAAAUCAACAACAUGAGAAGCUGAAAAAAACAUUUAUUUUAUGUAAUAUUUCGAUUACGGAACAUUUUCCAGCGACUGGAAUUAAUCAUGUCCGAAUUCUAAAAGGAAGAGGCGGUUCGAAGAGUUUUUUUGUAUGUAUACAUUAUAACUGUGACGUAUAUUUUAGCUUAAUAUUCAAAAAAUUUUUGUUCUCGCUCAUUGCUUUCUUAUAACUCAGGGCGACACACAGAUAAUAGUUUUGAAAUGCGUCAAGCCUCUAUCCCUCGUUUCUACAUGAGCAACUUAAGUGAGUGGUGAUUUUCUUAGCACAGGGGAGUAUGAUGUAUUCCAGGAAGUAACUUAGCGCUCUAUUCCGUAUACGCCUUCAAUUAUCGAUGAUAAAAGUGCUACCCUAGAUUUUUGGGCUUCAUUAUUGUUUAAGGGUAAAGCAGGGUGCCCCAAGAUCAAUUCAAGGUUAUGAGAAAGACAAUAACAAUAACAAUAUCAAAUAUAUAUAUGCAAUGACAUUAUAUCUCAGACCCGUUUGAAAUGUUGCACUGAAGUGCAAUGUUGGUCUUUGGCAAAGCAACAGCACAACUCGUUUCGAAUAAAACUAAUCACCAAAGAGCUGUUCUUCGAUACCCAGCAGAACAAUCGACUUGGUAAACUCCGUGCCGAUAAUCUCUUGUAGGAGGGUACUGUCUUUACGUUUUUACUGAUAGUUCCACGUGAGUGAAAUCGAACUCUCUGAAAAGGGAUUUUUUAAUCACGAAGGCUGCCAUACAAUGCAUGCAUUUUUUUACAAUACGGAUAUUGUGUUCGUGUAACCCCAAUUAUCAUAAUGGCAAUUAUUUGUUGGUUAUCUAAAUCAUGACUUAUGCAAUGACCAUGCGCCCCGAUAGAUUUUCCUCUUUUGUGUUGUUGUAAGCGGUUUUAAUUUUCUUCCUUAUCAUAAAAACUGUAUACACCGUCACACCUGAAUUUUGCAUGAUCAAUAAAGAACCCUCAGUGCCAUCGAGAUGCUGAUUCAGCCUGGUGAGAGUAAAUAAAUGUGUAAACAGAAACAAAAGAUAGUGCAGAGUCAAGGAGCUCUCAACAGCUGUUAUUUCUGCCUUUGAUAUUUGUGGGGUUUCAUAAGCAGUCUCCUCUUUUGACUAUGUCUUGAUCAUAUAAUUUUAAAGUUAAGAUGGAUCAAAAAGCCAAAUUUCUUAGCAAAUGUUGGCCUUAAUUGUCUUGUCCUCCCCCAGACGCCCUGAAAAAAUAUACGUUCCCGGACAUUUGCCAAAACCCCAGCAAUAGCUCAAUAAUAAUGGUCCAUUGGAAUUCUUUAGAAAAACACUACGUGAUCAGAGCCGUAGUUAGCGGAGAGGCAAGGGGGGCAGCUGCCCCCCUCGGACCUGUUGAGAUAGACACAUCAAGUCUAUGGAUGGAUUUGUUUUCUUUAGACUCAGUUAUUUUGAUUAUAAAGUGACUUGCAAUUGUUUGCCAUUUUCAUAUUCGAGGUCGAUUUUCCGGAGACAUAUCUCAUGACAAGUGCUGAAAAUAGCGUUUCGGAGCCUCCAAAUUGAAAACUUUCUGGGGGAGGAUACCCCCAGACCCCCCUACAAGGUUCGUGCCUUCGGCACUCGCGAUAAUUUACCUCGUUACAAAAAACCUAGCCACAGCCCUGGUGAUAUUUAAAUCCGAUCAGAGCAGGGUAAAAUUUAAAUUAGGUCGCUAACGCCUUUUCGUGGAGUAAGAUCGUUUCAGAUUGGCUUUGAUCCCCCUAAGCUUAAGAUGUGGGCGAUAUACAAUCGCGGAUUUAAGCUCGAUUAUAUUGGUAAUUGGCCUGUUCACAGUCCUCUAUUUUUUACAUACUAGAUCAUCAGGAUCGAGAGCUUACUGGUAUGGGCGGCUAUCUUGGAUCCAUAACCGUCCCCCGCCCCCUAAGUAGAUUUGACACUCAUCCCCAGGCUAAACUAAAAACAUUCGAAACCAAGAUGGCCGCCAUAACGCAAAGCCCUCGAUCUCAAAGAUACUUAUGGAAAAAAUGGGGAGCUGUCAAUAGUCCAAUUACCAAUGGCGAUCCCAACCUCGUUUCUAGUAAGCGGUGCGGCAGCCCAAAAGUUUUGCCUAGAGUGCAGAACUCACUCACUGAACGAAAAACAAUGCAUAAAUACGGAAAAUAUAUAUUCAGCUCGUUGUAUUUUUUUUGUGAGGAAUGGCAGAUAUCUUGGAGGGUUUUAUCAACCUCGGCCUUCGGCCUUAUGGAGGAUAACAUCCUUCUCAAUCAAUUUUUUUUUUCAUAUCAUACUCAGCUUGCCUCAUUCAUUUGUUUUAAAACAUUCGAGUGACUGGUUUUCUGCGUUGGUCGAGUCAGUUUUACUAUAUCUUAAAGUUUCAGUAAUUAACUGGCUUUUCAAUUGUAUUUAAUUUAUUAAUAAAAUUAUUUAAACAAGAUCUAACAUUGUUCUUAAUAAUAAAUACAAAUUAUUCAUGACGCUGAUAUUUUUCAUAGCAAUCCUCAUAAAGAAAGCGAAAAAAAAGGAAAUUAAAAUCGAAACUUUUUGCAUUGAUGACUAGAUAACUACCUUCAUUAAUUUAUCUCAAUAACAUUUUCAGGUUAAACUACUAAUCGCGGGGCGAGUACUGAAAAGCCUGUUAGUUAAGAUAUCUACGUACAUGGAUAACUCAAGCCACGUUGGAAACGAGCCUUGCUCUCAGGCAGUUUCUAUUGUCUUCACAACAGUGUUGGCUAUAACAGUUUGGAUGCGUUUAUUGGCAACAUUUUAGUGAUGACGGUGGUUUACAAGACCCCAAGCCUUAGAACAAGCACCAACUACUAUUACGUCAACAUGACGGUGUCAGAUUUCCUUUCUAGUCUUACAUUAUGGCCACUAUACCUCACUGACGAGAUAAUAACACAGCGAGGAAGCCUGAUUAAAGGCCCAGUGGCCACUGUCGGGUGUAAAGUUGGGGUGUACGUGAGGGUAGUCUCCACCUCAGUCUAUAUUCUCAGUUUGGUGUUGAUUGCAACCGACAGAUACUUUGCU